GUUUUCUCAUAUCCUAAAUCCCUUUCCCUCCCCUGUCUCCGCUUCCCUCUCGUCGCGUCCCGUCGACAAGAAUUUCCAUUCUUUUGCAGAUAUUUUUUGAUUUAAACGAAAACCCAGAAAUCUAUAUACAAAACUAUAUAUAUAAUAAUAUUAAUAUGUAGACAGAGAGGAGAGAGAGAAAGGGGUAGGAGGAUAAGGACAAACGAGUUCGCCUGCAAUUAACUGAAGGAGGAUGAGAGGUUUGGAGAAGAAGAAUAUAAAUGCGAAUAGCCCUUUUUGUCUUAUCUCCGAAUUUUUGGUUCUCUUUUUUCUCCUUUUUCCCUAUAAAACUUAUUUAUUUUCUUCCCAUAUAUGUAUAUGUAUAUGUCUAAGCAGCAGAUUAUUACAAUUUGCAAUAAAUUCCGCAUAAACCAUUCACACAAACCCCAAUUCUAAACCCCUUUUUCUCUCACUCUCUCUUCAUUUCCUAGAAUUCUGUUUUUUGUGUAACAACAAUGGAAGCAACUUGAUAAAAAUGAUGAACCAAGAUAAAGCCCUGGAGUGAAAUUUGUUUAUAAAUUAUACAUAUAAAUAAAAAUAACAUGGGUGAUGUUGGAGGAGUGAGUUCGAACGGCGGCGUUUUGGUGGACGAUGACCCUUUCAGCUCGUUUUCUGUGUCGGGUCGGAGGCAACCUGAUCCGGCUUCAAUUACCGAUGAGUGUUUUGCAGCGGCAGAGGAAGCGGCAGAGCAAGUGAUGAAUUGCAUACACCCAACUCUUGACUCAGAGGAGAAGAGAAAAGACGUAAUUGAUUAUGUACAGAGGCUAAUCAAGCGUCAUCUUGACUGUGAGACUUUUCCCUAUGGGUCUGUGCCUCUGAAGACAUACUUACCUGAUGGAGAUAUCGACUUGACUGCUCUUAAAAGUCUUAAUGUCGAGGAAUCUUUGGCACGCGAUGUUCUUGGUAUUCUGCAGGGGGAGCAGCUAAAUGAAAAUGCAGAGUAUGAAGUGAAGGAUGCGCAGUUUAUAGACGCUGAGGUGAAAAUUGUGAAAUGCCUUGUGCAGAACAUUGUGAUCGAUAUUUCCUUUAAUCAGCUGGGAGGACUUUCUACACUUUGUUUCCUUGAGCAGGUUGAUCGUCUUGUCGGGAAAAAUCAUCUCUUUAAACGUAGCAUUAUUUUGGUAAAAGCUUGGUGCUACUACGAGAGCCGUAUUCUUGGUGCACACCAUGGUUUAAUAUCUACUUAUGCCUUAGAAACACUUGUCCUCUAUAUAUUCCAUCUAUUUUAUUCAUCCCUGAAUGGCCCUCUAGCGGUACUAUAUAAAUUUUUGGAAUAUUUUAGCCAAUUUGACUGGGAGAACUACUGCAUAAGUUUGAAAGGGCCAGUUCGUAUAUCAUCACUUCCAGAUAUAGUGGUUAUGAUGCCAGAGGAUGGACCGAAGGACCUGAUGCUUAGUGAGGAAUUUUUAGAAAAAUGUAUAGGAAUGUUUUCAGGUUCAACUCAGAGUCUUGAGACAAUCCCAAAAGCAUUUCAGCCUAAAAAUCUUAAUAUAAUUGACCCGCUGAAGGAAAAUAAUAACCUUGGACGUAGUGUGCACAGAGGUAAUUUCUACCGUAUACGUAGCGCUUUCAAAUAUGGGGCUCGCAAGCUUGGUCAAGUUCUGUUGCAACCAAGAGAUAAAGUUGUUGAUGAAAUAUGUGAAUUCUUCUCAAAUACUCUUGCAAGACAUGGGCAAUAUCACACUAGUGUUAUCGAGCAUUCAGCCUUAGUAUUUGAAGAUGAAGAGUCUUUGACGACGUCUUUAGUAUCCUCGACCGAAUUAUACUCAGAGGAUGACAUGCUUCUAAAAUCAUCUAUCAGUGAUUUUGAGAAUGAUAGUCUAGGGGCUUCAGACAGAUGCACUUUGGAGUUCAGAAAUGAACUAGAGAGAUGCACAAUGAGAGACACUUCAGAGAUGGAAUCAGAAACAUGCUCCUCAGCUGAUGGACCCGCUUCAGGACACCACCUUGCAGGGGAUGCAUAUGACCUUGCAACAUCUAAUUCAACUUUGAGGAUUGAACAUAACACAUCAGAUUAUACAUCAAGCAGCAAUAAUAGUGCAUCCGUCUUGGGGAAUCAUUACCAGAAAUCUCAUUACUUCUCUUCCAAAUCAUCCGUAGAGAAUGGAACCAUGGCAAGUGGGAACUUGCACCAAGGUGACCUAUCAAAUAGUGUUCAUCAGAAGUUCGGGUUAACUUCAUGGUUGGAGAGCAGGGAGAAUCAUGUGGAAAUGAAUAAUACAUAUAGAUGGUGUAUGGAUAAUUCUAAGGUCAUCUAUACAGUGCGUUCUGCUUCUUCUAGUCCAAAGAUGAGUAAUUUUGAGAAUUUAUCCAAGAGUUGUGCAGAAAUUGAUCUCUUUAGCAUAGCAGGAGAGUCAGACGUACCUUUGAACCCUUUGGCAGACCUCAGUGGGGAUUAUGACUGCCAAAUUAGGAAUUUACUAUAUGGUCAGUUAUGCAAUGGGAUUUAUUUGUCUGCUUCUUUAUCCCAUCCUCCUUCACUGCCUUCUGGGAUUCAAAAUAUGAAGUCAUGGGAUAAUGCUUGGCAAUCAAUGCCCCUCAACAGGAGUCAUAUUCCCCAGAUGAAUUCAAACAUGCUGUUUGUGGAACCACUCAUGGGUUAUGGUACCAAUACUGCCUUAAACACUGCUGCUUUCGGUUAUGAAGGAAAACAGAAAACACGAGGAACAGGAACUUACUUUCCCAUAAUGAAUGGUUCUCCCAAGGAGAAACCUUCACAUGGGAGGGGAAGGCAUAAGUCACCCGGAAAUCGCAAUCAUUUUCAGAAACAGAAUCGCGGCAAUGGAAAUGUGUUAAGUUCUGCUGCUUGGAAGACAACUUCUUUUAAGAACGGUACUUAUGAAUUCCCACCAGCAAGCAACAGAGUUCUAGGCCAAGGGAAAUCUGAUGUGUGCUGUCAGUCUCCUCGUUUAGUGAAAGAUGAUAACCAUACAAAUGGUUUUGAAGAUGCAUCAUUUAAAAUCGAGUUUGGGUCUUUAGGGAGCCUGGCCGAGGAGGUGAUUUCGGGUUUAUCUUGUGCUUGGGACACGACUCUAGGCAUCUCAACGGGACACCAGGAUUCAACAGCAGCGACGAAGCACGAAAGUUGUAUCUGGUUUGGGCUUUCAGGGUUACUGAGCAGUCACUCCUCCACCUCAAGAAUGAAGAUGAGUUUCCCCCUCUAUGCCAAUAAAAUGUCAUGUAAAAAGAGAGAGAACUUUUAGAUGUUAACAAACUACAGGACUUCAGGAAUAGGGAUAAUGUAACUGGUUUUUAUGGUUUUUGUGCCUUCCUUGGACACAAGGAGGUAGUAAAAUAAAAUAGCAUUUUGCACA